AAUAACUGAACACAACUGUUGAAAUCACUGGCACUGACUCAGAAUGGCUUCGAAUCAAGGCUACGGCUCAGAAUACCAGGCGCCACAACAAGGCCUGCCGUCCACGAACCCAUGGGCCGAAGAACAUAGUCCCAGUCAACAACAACAGCAGUACGCAUCUCAGCAGCCACAACAGCAACAUCUGCCACAGUCACAGUACCAGCAACCUCAGCAGCCAUAUCAGUACCAGCAACAGCAACACAAUCAGCAACCCGGGUUUGCGGCCCCGCCAGGACCCCCUCCAGGCAGGGCGAAUACUUUCAACGAAACAAGCUUUGUUCCAGAAAGUGAACAGAGCGAACAGCGGGAAGCCCUCGAGCACUUUGAGAUGAACAACUCGAAGCCUGAGUCCCAGACGGAUAGAGACGUAGCUCAACUGGCGACAGAAUUUCCGAACCUUGAUUCGUCUUUGAUAGCUGCGCUCUAUUCAGAUUCACAGAAUUUGGGGGCAACAAGGGAAAUGCUGCAGGAGUUGGCUGCUACUGCUCAGUAAUGGAAUUGACAACGCGAUAUUGUGGGACGAUGAGCAGAGAUGUAGGAGAUGCGUAAAGUUAAAGUCUAUGCACAUCAGUAAUGAGAUUUAUUAUAUUAUCCUUUCA